AUGGCUCGAUUCCUGCUGUCUGCCGGGCUUCUGUAUCCUUUCUUCACCUCUGUGCAACUUGGUGUGCGGGCAACCACGGCUGGUAUUGCAAACCAUCCGAACUUCCUGGGCGAAAUUGCUGCCUUCCAGGAUUAUGAAGUUCUAAGUGUUCAUCAGGAGGGCGAUGAAGACGUUAGCCACCUUCAAAAGCGAGCUGGCCAUGAUGAAAGCUGUGAGGAAACGGAUUGUGUGAUGUACACUGGCUGGGAAGAGGACAGAAAGUUUACGUGUACUUCCUCUCAAAACGAAGAGGAAGAAGGAGGUGACAAUCUAAAUGAACGUUCCCUCGUCAACCGGGGGAGCAGGAAAUAUAAAACGCAUCCCGAUAGCGUCUCCAAACGGUGCUACGAUGCUGAGCAUGUUUUGGAAUGGAAUAUGCUCGCCGAGUUUCUACAGGAAGAGGGUUAUAAGGAUGAUGCCAAAAGCCGAUGUCACUCUAUCCUUGAAUUCUUCGAAGGGAAAAUGGAAAGAGAAGACAUCAAGGUAAAGGUCGCCAAAGUCUACAAUAAAGCACUAGCCAAAGGUGAUCAUUUCGACUACGAAGAGAAAACGUUCGUUUCCAGUAAGAUAAAGGAUGAUCCAAGACCGAUAGACUGGAUCACGCAUCAGUGGCCUGGCACGAAGAAGGGGAACACUCCUAAUCCCUGGGAAUACGAACUGGUUCUUCUCAUGAAGGAUGUCAAUAUAAAAAAGGAAAACAUGAGCCAGAAGAACCAAGCAAAUAACGAUACGCUGGAAUGGCUCUUCGUAAGCAAGACAUUCAACAGAAAAGACGGUCAAACAAAAUGGCCAAAGAAUGAAGGGAAAUGCGCCGCCAUAUACUGCUUCAACACGGUGAUAGGCAUCGCGCAGUAUCAUAAUAACCCUUAUAUACAGGAAAUAAUGCGCGCUCAGGUUAACCAAGUAGGGGAUGCCUUCGAGUAUCGGGAGACUAAAGUCUUGCCCGGCCGAAUGCGCGCCGUUCCAGUAUAG